AUGUAUUACCUCAGAGUGCCGAGUCACCUGAAGUCGCUGCGUACGUGCCGUGAAUUGCAUACACUUGGCAUCGAUAAAGAAGGUAUCGUUCAGAAAAUUCGUCAAAACCUUAUGCCUAUCAUCAAUGAGAAUGAUGCACUUGGUCCACAGCCAAGUCGUGCAAAUGUUGGUGUGUCACAGAUUAGCGUCCCAUUAGCAUGGAAUAGUGAUCAACAUUUUAAAAGUAAAGGAGAAACGCGGGUAUAUUCAAUGUUUCUUGUGCUGCAAACAAAAUCUCGUGUAGUGGAUUCCCGUAUGGUCACAAAUGUUGAUAGGACGAUGACAGAUGUUGUCUUUCCAGAAUCGUUUAUAUUUGAAAGCGAGCCAGAUGAUUUUUGUGUUGAGAUUACGUUAUAUGCAGCAAGAACAGAUCUCGGAUUAUCGGAUGGUGGUGGUAGCCUACGAACGAGGAUAACACGAUCGUUAGGAAGAAGAUUUGGUGGUCAAGUUAAGUCCAAUCUCAGUACCAUGGAACCUCCGAAUGGAAUUCGUGGAGAUUCCCCUAUCGGUGGGACCCAUUUUAAUAUGUUGGCAAGAGCGUAUCUUGUGCUCACAGAUGCCGGUGAUGAAUGUAAAAUCCACGAUCUUCGAAUGUCUGCGUUCGCGGAUUUAUCCGGUCCUCCACUUUACGGUCACAUACUAUGUCGACUUGCCGUACAACCUUAUUCCGUACUUCGACCGUUAGCUGAGGGUAUGCUAAGUGUGAAACCGCUUUGUGGAGGACGUAUCCUAAGGAAUGUACGGACACGGCUACAGGCUGGUAAUUUGCAUUGCUUUACCAACACCGAUAUUCAUCAAAGUCCAUCAGCAGAACAAACGUUAUUACUUGUACCAAUUACAUCAACAUCAAGAGUAAUGAAUACUUCACAUCCAAAUACGUUACUUUUAUCAUCGGAAACUUCACCGGAAGUUGAAGGAUACGAUUUUCACAUUACAGCUGAGAAUUAUAAAACGAUGCAAGACUGGAAAAAAGCGAUUGAAAUGCAAAUUGAUGACUGUGCUAUUUGGGCAACUCAACUUUACUAUAAUAAACCAAAUAUUUACUCAUCACAAUUGCCGACAAAAAUGGCCGCUGACUAUCCGGAAUUAGGCCAGGUCAUUGCCGGGAAAUAUAAACAAGGUGAACCAUACUCCAGCACCGUCACUCUGAGCACUAUCGAUGGCCAAAACUUUAUAUCGUUUGCAAAAACCAACCAAUUUAACGAAGAUCUCUACGAUGGUCUCGUUGCACCCAAUUUAAAAGCAGAUCUAAUUGCAGAAACAUGGCGCAGAGGAUCAGAGGUGCCCUUGUCAUGUAGCUCUACAUAUCACACUAAUGAUGCCCUAUCGAUCCAGGUUGGCGCUACAACCGAAUUCAAAUACACAAAAGAUCAUUCAAAAAUGGCUAGAUCAACAGAUUCAACAAAACCAUGGGUGUGUAUUGGAGACAUCAAUAGGAUGACAUCCCAGUAUGUUCGUGGAGGUGGAACGACAUGCAUAUCAAGUUCAUUCCUAUGGAAAGCAUUUAAUGUCAUCAAGGAUGAAAAUCAUUGUUGA